AUGGCCGCCGCCGCCGCCGCCGAUACCUCCUCCGCCGACACCCGCCGCUACGUCGUCGGCUACGCGCUCGCGCCCAAGAAGCAGAACAGCUUCAUCCAGUCCUCGCUCCUCUCCCGCGCCGCCGCGCGCGGGAUGGACCUCGUCCCCGUCGACGAGGCGCGGCCCCUCGCGGACCAGGGCCCCUUCGACCUCGUCAUCCACAAGCUCUACGGCCACGACUGGCGCGCCCAGCUCCAGGCCUUCUCCGCCCGCAACCCGUCCGUCCCCGUCGUCGACCCGCCCCACGCCAUCGACCGCCUCCACAACCGCAUCUCCAUGCUCCAGGUCGUCUCCGAGCUCGACGUCCCGCCCAGCGACGCCGCCCACCACCACCGCCACACCUUCGGCAUCCCCAGCCAGGUCGUCGUCUACGACGCCGCCGCGCUCACCGACUCGGGCCUCCUCGCCGCGCUCCGCUUCCCGCUCAUCGCCAAGCCGCUCGUCGCCGACGGCAGCGCCAAGUCGCACAAGAUGUCGCUCGUCUACCACGGCGAGGGCCUCCGCAAGCUCCGCCCGCCGCUCGUCCUGCAGGAGUUCGUCAACCACGGCGGCGUCAUCUUCAAGGUCUACGUCGUCGGCGCCCACGUCACCUGCGUCAAGCGCCGCAGCCUGCCGGACGUCUCCAAGGAGAUCCUCGAGGACACCGCCGCCGAGGGCACCGUCUCCUUCUCGCAGGUGUCCAACCUCCCCACGGCGCGCAACGCCGAGGAGUACUACGAGGACCUGCGGCUCGAGGACGCCGUCAUGCCGCCCACCGAUUUCGUCAACGAGAUCGCUGGCGGGCUACGCCGCGCGCUCGGCCUGCAGCUCUUCAACUUCGACAUGAUCAGGGAUGUCCGCGCUGGGGACCGCUACCUCGUCAUUGACAUCAACUACUUCCCCGGCUACGCCAAGAUGCCAGGCUACGAGAUUGCCCUCACAGAUUUCUUCUGGGAGAUGGUUCACAAGGACGAUGAUGUGGCCCUCAAGGAGAGCAAGCCCACUGUCGUCAAAUGAGAUGAUGGAUUCAGGAUGCCAUGGUCGCGCAGACUUGCAAUUCUUGGAUGUCUGGGUAAUGCGAGGGUGACAUUGCAAGACUUGAGAGGAAUAAUGAGCAACAAUUUAGGAUGGGGAGCUACGUUUAUUA